AUGCUCACUCACACUGCUCAGACGUAUGAAAAGUCACACACAUCCAUAAAAACCGUCAGGAAUAAAAAACCUGUGUGUGUCCUGUCUUCUCCUCCAUCAGAUUCCUGUCACUUCACUCUGGAUCCAAACACAGCACACACACACCUCCAUCUGUCUGAGGGGAACAGGAGGGUGGAGUACAGACCUGGGGCCCCUCAGUCAUAUCCUGAUCAUCCAGACAGAUUUGAUAAGUGGCAGCAGGUGCUGUGUAGAGAGGGUGUGUCUGCACGCUGCUACUGGGAGGUUGAGAGGAGUGGUGGGUAUGUUGAAAUAGCAGUGUCAUAUAAAAGCAUCAGCAGGAAAGGAUCGGGUAAUGUGUGCAGGUUUGGAUGUAAUGAUCAGUCCUGGAGGCUGAACCCCAAGAACUCCGGCUCCUCUUUCUGGCACAAUGCUAAACAGACUGAACUCCCUCUAGUGGCCAGCUCCAGAAUAGGAGUGUAUGUGGAUCACAGGGCAGGAACUCUGGCCUUCUACAGCAUCUCUGGAGACACAAUGACCCUCCUGCACAGAGUUCACACCACAUUCACACACACACUCUACCCUGGGUUUCAUUUAUAUUGGAGUGGAUCAUCAGUGAAGCUGUUGUGAGUCCCCUACAGGGUCAAUGGGUAAAUGCUGCUCA